AUGUCCGCGUACAAGUACUCCGUGCCGACGCCGCAGCGCUCGCCGCGCUCGCACGACGACGCUGCUGGCAGCGACGUCGUCGAGGACCCCAACCUCGUCUCGUGGCACCACGCCCACCACGCCUCGCAGCCGCAGCAGCCGCACCCGCACCACCACCACCACGGCGCGCACGAGCGCAGCUCCGGCUGGCACCAUGUGCCCGUGGGCCCGCAUCCGCAGUCGGCGCCCGUGGGGCAUGCCUACCCGCCGCCGGGCGCCGCUGCAGGCCAGGCCGGCUACGAUGGCUCGCCGCCCAUCGACGACCUGGACACGCCGCUCAUGCACGCACCGGGGCCGCCGGGCCGCAGCGAGCACGGCGGGGGCCCCUACGCGGCGCGCCCGAUGGAGCACGACGCGUCGCAGCAGAGCGCCUUUGACCUGGCGCACGGCCGCAAGAAUGCGCCGGCACGCGAGCAUGUGCCCGAGAUCAACGAGGCGGUGCCCGUGCGCUUUGCCCAUCUCUUCAAGCGCCCCGUCGUGCGCCAGUGGCUGCACGACGGACAGCUGUGGCGCGAGUGCGGCGAGCGCACGCCGUCGCGCUUCGAGCUCUUCUUCGACCUCGUCUUCGUCGGCUCCAUCUCGCAGCUGGCGCACGGCGCCGCCGAGACGUCGUCCUGGGUCAACGUCGUCAAGUUCCUGGUGCUCUUCUUUCCCGCAUGGUCGGUGUGGACAGACGUCAGCUCCUUCCUCGACGUGCAUGGCAGCGACGACAUCCUCCAGCGCUGCUACAUCCUCCUCGUCAUGUGCAUCCUCAUGGGCUACACGGCAAACGCCACGGGCAUCAAGAUCGACCACGCCAAGGAGGGCAUCAUCGUCGGCGCCACGACCGUCCCCGCUGGCACAACCGGCGAGGCCGCGGGCGCCGUCGAGCACCGCGCGCUGGACUUCCUCGUGCGCAAGGCGUUCCCCACGCUCGUCAGCCGCGCCGGCGGCGGCGGCUCGGGCGAGCAGGAGGAGCUGCUGCUUGUCAAGCAGGUCGGCUCGACGAUGUACUGGUUCGCCGAGGACUACGACCGCGCCAUUGCCGCUGCGAUUGCCUUCUACCUCACUGCCAAGGCGCUGCGCCUGGCGCUGUACUUCAUCUACGGCGUCAUGCUGCCGCGCUUCCGCAAGGCGCUCUUUCUCCACACCAUCACGCUCUUUGUCAUCUCUGCCAUCUACGUGCCCCUUGUCUUCACCACACGCGAGACGUCUCCUGCGCUCAUCCUCUGGCUCGCGGCCGCCGGACUGAUCGCCGAGCUGCUGAGCCGCUACUUCAUCGCGGCCGCCAUGCAGAUCUCGCACGGCCGGGCCAAGCAUCGAGGGCAGAGCUCCUUCAUCCCGGCGCUGAGCAUCGAGCAUCUCAUGGAGCGCAUGAUGCUCUUCGUCAUCCUGACCACCGGCGAGAUCCUCAUCGUCUCGAGCUACACGGCGACGUCGGACAGCAUCGGGCCGGUCGAGAAGUUCUGGCGCGCCUCGCUGAGCAUCGUCAUCGCCUUCAACGUCAUCUGGCUCUACUUCGACGCCGAUGCAAGCCGCACGUUUGCGCACGCACUGCGGCGGCAUUGGUGGCACUCGAUCACUUGGACGCACCUGCACUUCCCGCUCGUGGCGGCCAUCGUGCUGCUCGCCUCUGCGCUCUCCAAGCUCAUUGCGCUGGACCAUGUCUCUGCGGGCUACGAGUGGUACCUUGGCGGCUCGCUCGGCGUCAUCAUGCUCAGCAUGGCGACCAUCGGCCUGCUGCACAAGAACCUCGACGUGCGCGGCUCGAGCCUCAUCCCGCACUGGUUCCGCGUGACGCAGCGCUUUGCCGUCGCCGCUGCGUUUGCUGCGCUGCCGAUCCGCCACGACUGGAGCUCCAUCAGCUUCCUGGGCACGUGCGCGGGCCUGCUGUCGAUCCAGGUGCUCGUCGAGACGUUUGGCAAGGUCGGCGCCGUCGGCCGGCACUACGAUGCCGAGCGGGCGGCUGCGCUGCGUGCCGCGCGGCUGGAGGCGAGCCGCGAGCGCUCGCCCAGCUCGCACGGCCACGGCGAGAAGGAGAUUCCGCUGUCGAAGCUCAGCACCCUCUCACCCUCCGCCGCCAGCUCGAUGCAUCCGGCCGCCUCGGAGCGCCGCGCCAGCUCGGCGCAUCUCGUGCGCCGCAUGUUCGACAAGGACUACGCCGUGCGUGCGCCGACGAGCCGCGACAGCUGGCACGAGUGGGAGGACCUUACCGAGGAGGAGAUUGGCGAGGAGGACGUCGGCGUGGAAUCGGCGCUGGGCUCCAUCGAGGCCAAGCAUGUCAGCUCCGGGCAGCGCUGGGCGUAUGCCGCGACAUGA